AUGGCACAAUUUGUUACUAAAACAAAAGCUCAUACGUUACACUUUUCCUAUGAUGAAGAUGACAGCUGUGCCCUGACAACUCUCAUCAACGAUGUCCGCUACCAUGUCAUGGUUGAUCCGAACGAAUUGAAAAAGUCCCGCGAGAAGCCGUUGUAUUACGAAUACCUCGACAAGAUAUCAGCACUUCGUGAGGCUGAAGAGAGGGAAGAGGAGUUGGCUGAAGAGCAACAAGCCAGAGUCAAUCGUAGCAAAGUGAAAAACAAGAACAAAGGCAGGGAGGACAGGGAGGGCUCAGAUAGUAAAGACAGUGGUAUCGACGUCACAGCAGACGGUGAUGACGAUGAAUACGUGGAGGGCGAUGAGGAGGACGAGGAGGAGGUUGGAGAAGACCUAGAGCAAGAUUCAGCCAGUGCAGGUUUGGAGCUGCGUAACUGGAUACUCGGAGCACUUGCAGACAUCACGAAAACUGACGCACCACCAAAUCGCGAACCAGAAGAGUCCACACUGUACGAAUGGUACCACGGCCCUACAUACUUCUACAACCUGCAAAUCACCAACGGAGAGCUCUGCCCUAAACUCCUCGAGACAACCCCAGAACUCGAAGCAAAAAUCGAAGCCCAAGUCCCCCGCCUGAAAAUGCCAAAAUACAUCCAAAACUACGAUCUCCCCUGGCUUAACCCCAACGACCUAACCGUACAAUCCGAAGUCAGCAUGCCACCCCCCGCGCACCCAGGCCAAGUCAUCCACAAAAAGACGGGUGUAGUAUAUUUCUUCAAACCCGUGGUACCCGAGCAACCCGACUCUGUCAAACGCGAAAUCCACAUCCUCCGCAAACUCGAGACGCUAAAUCUCAACAUAAAAUUCCCAAGCCUCCUCGGCUUCGUCUCCCUCGGCACCAGCAAAACACAAGUAAUGGGCAUGCUUCUCCAGAAUAUCCGCUACCCAACGCCCCUAACCAAACUCAUGCGGUCCAGCGUCGACGCCGGUGCGCGUGCGGAGUGGAGUCGCAAGAGCGAAGCUUAUAUCCAACAGCUGCAUGAGCAUGGGAUUGUGUGGGGGGAUGCGAAGGCGGAUAAUUUCAUGGUGGAUGCGGAGUCGGAGCUGUGGAUUAUUGAUUUUGGGGGGAGUUAUACGGAGGGGUGGGUUGAUCCGGAGAUCAGCGAGACGGUGGAGGGUGAUCGCAUGGGGUUGGAGAAGAUUCAGGUUGCGUUGGAGGAUCCGGAGGGGGGGACGGUGGAGUUGGGGAUUGGUGGGGAGAGCGAGGAGGAGGAGGGUAGUAGUGCGGUAAGGGAGACGGCGAGUACAUUGUUUGUUACGGAACGGUCGGCGGAUGAGGAGGUUACGAGGGAGGAGAAGAGGAAGAGGGCGGAGAGCGAGGUUGGAGAGGGGAUGGGGGAGGAUAAGGGUAUGAGAAAGAGGAGAAAAGAGUGA